AUGGCGAGUGCCUUCCGAGCGAAGAAGCUCGACCUGGGCGGCUUCGUCAACAUCAAAGUCAUCCGCGACCACACCAAGCGGAAAGCCUACGAGCAGUUCGAGCCUCAAAGACAAGCGUUACGCUAUAUCAUCCGAAACACCUCUCUCCCGCAGCGAAUGCGCACUCAGGCCCAACUCCAGUUGGCCCAGACGAGCUGCUACACCCGACCGACGCAGAUUAAGAACAGAUGUACCAUGGGUGGUGUGGGCAGGAGUGUGUUAAGAGCAUUUAGAAUGGGUCGGUUUCAAUUCCGGUUGAAUGCGCUGGAAGGUAACAUUCCUGGCGUGAAGAAAGCGAGUUGGUGA